AUGUCUCUGCCGAGACCGACGUAUGAAAAGCUGGGCCUUCCAACUCAGCCAUCCCGUGAGAGCACCUCGAGCGACUCUACACAUCUUAUGCCAAGUGCUUCCCCCACCUCGACGCAUCGAAGUGCCAGCGGCUCAGCAGCAAGCACUGCCACUAGCGAUGCCAUGUCUCUGCCGAGACCGACGUAUGAAAAGCUGGGCCUUCCAACUCUGCCAUCCCGUGAGAGCACCUCGAGCGACUCUACACAUCUUAUGCCAAGUGCUUCCCCCACCUCGACGCAUCGAAGUGCCAGCGGCUCAGCAGCAAGCACUGCCACUAGCGAUGCCAUGUCUCUGCCGAGACCGACGUAUGAAAAGCUGGGCCUUCCACCACGGUCGUCCCGUGAGAGCCCCCCGAGCGACUCUACACAUCUUAUGCCAAGUGCUUCCCCCCCCUCGACGCAUCGAAGUGCCAGCGGCUCAGCAGCAAGCACUGCCACUAGCGAUGCCAUGUCUCUGCCGAGACCGACGUAUGAAAAGCUGGGCCUUCCACCACGGUCGUCCCGUGAGAGCCCCCCGAGCGACUCUACACAUCUGAUGCCAAGUGCUUCCCCCACCUCGACGCACUGA